AUGAGUGAUCCCCUGGCGGAAUAUUUGUCUGCACUCGAUGCGCGUGACGCAAGGGAGAAGGCGCAUGAGGGGUACGUGAACGCCUAUACCAAGCUCGCCGAUAACACGGCGCAGUUUGCGAAUCAGACACCCUCCGCGGAAGAGUCAGCCCCCGCGGCCAGCGCAUCAAAGGGCAAAGGACCAGCAACGACCGAUGUCUCCUCGCCAUCUGCUAUCGCGCAACUUCGCUCCGAAUUAGCCGUCACUCAGCGCACGCGGGGUGAUCUAGAAAGUCAACUGAGCGCCCUUACUGCUGAGCUGAGCACCCUCAAGGCCUCAGACACGCAACAAAAGCAGCGCAUAGAACAGCUCGAAAAAGUCCGGACGCAACUGGAGAGGCGAAGCAAGGAUAGAACGGAGGAGCUCAAGGGCAAGGGGAGGCUUGUGGAGGAGGUACACGACGAAAUGGUUGCGCUGAACCUACAACUGAACAUGGCGGAGCAGGAGAAGGAGAAAUUGCGCAAAGAGAAUGAGGAGUUGACUAAGAGAUGGGUCAAGAAGAUGGAGGAAGAGGCACGGAAGAUGAAUGAAAGGUCAGGGUGGGAAGAUCAGUCACGGAGGAAGAAGUAG